AUGCGGUUCCAUCAUCUGCUAUUAGCCGGUUACUUCGGGCUUGGGCAGACCAUUGGACACAGUCAUUCUUUCCUUCAUCGUCGUGAUUCCUGCGAUGGAAACACUGCUUCCACUAGGUCAACAUGGUGUGACUAUUCCAUCGAUACUGAUUAUUCCACCGAGGCGGUUGAUACUGGGGUGACAAAGGAGUAUUGGCUAGAGCUGACAGACGUUACUGUUGCUCCGGAUGGCUAUUCGCGCUCAGCUAUGGCCGUCAAUGGUACUAUCCCAGGGCCUACUCUGUUCGCCGAUUGGGGUGAUACUGUCGUGGUCCAUGUGACUAAUUCUUUGACCACAUCCCUCAAUGGUACUAGCAUGCACUGGCACGGUAUCCGCCAGAACUACACUAACCAAUAUGAUGGUGUUUCAUCUAUCACCGAGUGUCCCCUUGCAGUUGGAGAGACCGUCACCUACACCUGGAAAGCUACUCAGUAUGGCUCAACAUGGUACCAUUCGCAUUGGGCUCUUCAGGCUUGGCAGGGUGUCUUUGGUGGUAUCAUCAUCAACGGACCUGCCACUGCAGACUACGAUGAAGAUCUAGGCAUGGUCUUUCUCAACGACUGGGACCACCAGACUGUGGAUGAGCUCUACUAUUCGGCCGAGACAGAUGGACCUCCCACAUUGGAUAACGGACUUAUUAACGGCACUAACGUAUACGGUGAUGAUGAUAGCUCAUCCCAGACUGGCUCUCGCUUCAAUGUAUCCUUCGACUCUGGGACGUCAUACCGUAUGCGGUUAGUUAAUGCUGCAGUCGACACGCAUUGGAAAUUCUCCAUCGACAACCAUACUUUGACAGUCAUUGCAUCAGACUUGGUACCAAUCGAACCAUAUGAAACAACAGUGCUGGACAUCGCCAUGGGUCAACGAUACGAUAUCAUAGUCACCGCCGACCAAUCUGACGUUGCCGACGAUUUCUGGAUGCGUGCCAUUCCCCAAUCAGCCUGCUCCGAUAACGACUCCACAGAUAACAUCAAGGGUGUCGUCUACUAUGGAGAUAGCCCUGGUACACCCUCCACAACUGCAUACGACUACACAGAUGGCUGCGACGACGAGACAGACAACUUGGUCCCCUACAUCUCCAAGACCGUUGAAGAUGCCAAUUGGAGUGACCUCGAGACAGCCACAGUUGGAAAGAACACUGCUGGCCUGUUCAAGUGGAAGCUUAAUAGUACUAGCAUGCUAAUGGACUGGGCGAACCCGACUCUAGCCCAGGUCCUCAACGGCACCACUGAGUUUGAGACAGAUGAUGCAGUCAUUGAGUUGAGCGAAGCGAGUCAGUGGGUCUACUUUGUUAUCGAGACUACCCUAGCAGUUCCGCAUCCCAUUCAUCUUCACGGCCACGACUUUUUCAUUCUGGCACAAGGAACUGGCACAUACUCGUCGUCCGUCACUCUGAACACAAGCAAUCCACCUCGUCGUGACACUGCUAUGCUUCCAGGAAACGGAUAUCUCGUCAUGGCUUGGGAGACGGACAACCCUGGUGUGUGGCUGUGCCAUUGCCAUAUUGGUUGGCAUACUUCGGAGGGUUUUGCUCUGCAGUUCAUUGAGCGUGCCACUGAGAUCCCAGAUAUCACGACAUCUAGCUAUGUGUCUGAUGUUUGCGAUAGUUGGACCACUUUCCAGAGUGAGAACUCAAUUGAGCAGGAGGAUUCUGGUGUCUAA